UAGAGACGACGGGGUUUCGUGAGGUAAACUGAGGCGGUGUCAGACGACGUUAAAGCGUUGGGCAAUUUUUGGCAGAUACGCGGUUGCGGUGCAGUGAACCUGACCCUCGUCUUUAAAUCAUUUGGUCGCAGACCGAGUGAAGUGUGAAUAUGUCUGCUAAGGCACUUAAAUACCUCCUGGAACAACAGACUGCAAACAAGGAGCUCUCAGAAACCUGGACCAAGCUGGAGGAGCUCUACAAUAAAAAGCUGUGGCAUCAGACAACACUUCUCCUGCUGGAGGUCAUCAAACACCCCAGUCUUCAGAAAAAUGAUGAGCUGCUCAAAUUGUACCACAAUUUUGUAUCUGACUUUGAAAACAAGAUGAACCACAUCUCGCUGGUGGAGAUCUGCGGCGCCGCAGUCAAGCAGCUUGAGGACUCGGCCGCCGCUAUAGCCUUCAUCGAGAAGAUCGAAGUCAAGGUCAAGGCCACUCCGGAGGCCGUCGUGCUGUGCAAGGUCGUCCUGGGCAACAUCCGAUUGUACAGCGGCAAAGACACGGCCGCGACCAAGAAACUGAUCGAGGACGUGGAGCCGAUGGUGGACGACCUGCCGCGUGUUAGCUUCAUCCACGGCCGCUUCUACCUGUUGGCCAGCGGCUACUACAAACAGGCUGGCAUGCACGCGCAGUACUUCCGCACGGCACUCCGGUUCCUGGGCUGCACCGAGCCGGAGGAGCUGAAGGAGGCUGAGAAGCAGGAGUACGCAUUCUACCUGGCGCUGGCCGCCCUGCUCGGAGAGGGCAUCUACAACUUCGGCGAACUGCUGGCGCACCCGGUGCUGGAGUCGCUGCGCACCACGCCGCACGCCUGGCUGGUGGACCUGCUGCUGGCCUUCAACUCUGGCGACCUCAGCACGUUCGAGCGGCUGCGCCCCCAGUGGGAGCAGCAGGCCGACCUCAAGGCCAAGCAGCUCGAGCUCCGCCAGAAGAUCUCCCUGCUGGCCCUAAUGGAGAUGACGUUCAAGCGCCCGGCGCUGUCGCGCUGCGUCACGUUUGCCGAGGUUGCGGCCGAGACGCGCCUGCCCGAGGACGAGGUGGAGCUUCUGGUGAUGAAGGCGCUGGCCCAGAAGCUGGUGCGCGGGCACAUCGACCAGGUCGACCGCACCGUCAACCUGGUCUGGGUGCAGCCGCGCGUGCUCGACAAGAACCAGCUAUCGUCGAUGAUCCAGCGACUGGACGUCUGGUGUCGCGAUGUGCAGAGCAUGGAGAUGCUGCUGGAGAACAAGGCGCACGACAUCCUCACCUACUGAUGAUGUCAUCGCCGACGUCACGCCGUCCGUCCGCGGCGCGGCGGGCGCGUGUAUUCAAUCUGUACCGUGUUCCCUUGCGUUUCAUAAAACACAACGUGGCGGCCAA